UAAUCGUUGCCAUCCCUAUUUUUGGACGCAUUUGUAGAAAAUUGUACGUGGUUUCGUAUCAAAAGAAUUUUAGUUAUUACAAACUAUUCGGAAAGAGUAUUAACGUUUAAAGAUGCAUUUUCCGUACAUGAAAAUCGCCAUCUACGUGCUGACAUUUCUCACAUACGCCUACUCUGGCUAUGGCUCCAGCACUUUGGUACAUUUGCGAGACGCUAUCAUCGCGGCGGAGGCAAUCUUCGGUGAUGUGUUUAAGAAUUUAGUGACGGUUGCGAAGAAGUUUCGCACCGUGCAUGAAGUGUUCGAUGCAGCGGUGGAUGAGAAUUGCAUAUACAAAUGUCUAGGACCAGAUGGCAAACCAAUAGACGUGCGUCCCGUGCAGAAUAAACUGUAUACACCAACCGCCAAUGGCUGUGGCUCCCUAGGCCUACACAUCAACACCGAAUACUUGCCCGCGGUCGAAAUGGAGCAAUGCUGUAAUGAGCACGAUAUCUGCUAUGACACCUGCAAUAGCAACAAAGAUUUGUGCGAUUUGGAUUUCAAACGCUGCCUUUACAAAUACUGUGAAACCAUAGAUAAGUCUAUUGGCAGUGAAUAUCUCAUAACCGGUUGUAAAGCGGCGGCUAAAGUGCUCUUCGCCGGCACGCUAACGCUAGGCUGCAAAUCAUAUUUGGACUCGCAGAAACGUACCUGCUAUUGUGCGCCACCGAAGCUGUCGAAAGAGGAGGAGCGUCGCGGUUAUAAUGGUUAUAAAAAUGGUAACGGCGAUAAGUACUACAAACAGGGCAAGAAGCAGAAGUAUGGCUGGAAGGAUGCGGGCGAUAUGUAGUGUGUAUUUAUUUGUUAAUAAUCGUUUUAAAUUAUUUCUUCUUGUUAAUUGUCGCACGCGCACAGUCUAUACAGCAUUCAUGUAUGUAACUGUACAUAUAAAUAGCAAUAUUACAAUAUUAUUUAAUAGUAUUUUGAAUGUACAGCUUUAUUAGUGAUAAAGAGAGAGAGACAUCCCUAGCCAAAUGCAGUUUUUUUAGUAUUAUAAGAUUUCGAAGAAUUUAUUUUAUUAAUAUAAAGUUGCUUGUACAUAUGCACAUAUGUAUGUAUAUUAACUGUUUUAACCAACGAAUUUGUCCAAAGCGAAGAUUUUGUAGUCAUUUAAUACAAAAUAAAAUGUAAAAUAUAAUUAAA